AUGCAAGUUAAAUUUGGCCAGGGAGAACUUGCACACAGAGCUCUCAAGGCAUUUUAUCCAUUGACCAGCAAAUUGGACACCCUGGCCCAGUCAGCUAAGCAUGAACAAAGGUAUCAUGUACUUCGACAGGUUGCAGAAGCUGGAGGUGCAUCCUCCUCUGACAGCCAAUCACCUGCUGAUGCUCCCCCUUCAGUGUCCUCUGACAUACAUCACCAUAUCACAACCAAUAGGGACAGUCUGAUCAAUCUAUUUCAAUUCCUUCAAGAACAUGACAGUGAUCCAGCAGUUAAGAACUUCAUCCCCAAACUCAAGGACCACAUCCUUUAUAGGCUUCAGAAGCUGGAUAUCGGCUAUUGCGAUCACACCUUUACAGAUGAGGAGCACAAUUCAAUUAUUAUUCCUAAUAAUAUGAUCUUCUCAGUCCAAACCAUGCAGGUACACUACACUACAUACGACCUCAGGUGA